GGCUUGAAAUGCUAGUCAGGGUAGAGUGAGAAGCAGUUGCUGGCAAUAGUAGGCAAACUCAGCCAGCACCAAGUUCUGGUUCAGCUGGAAGGGCAAAAGAACUCGAAGACCGACUCCCAGGACUUCAGCACCUGAGACAGCGCUCACAGUCUGAGAACAGACAGCUCUCAAAGACCACGACUCGGCAAAGUUCUGAGAUGGAAACAAGAAGUAAGCCCCAGCUUCUUGUGUUCUUGACGCUGUUCAGCGUGCUCUUCUCCCAGACCUUGGCGUGGCCUCUUUUUGGAGCACCUUCAGCUCUGAGGAUGGGGGACAGAAUACCAUUUGAAGGAGCAAAUGAACCUGAUCAAGUUUCGUUAAAAGCAGACACUGACAUUUUACAAGACGCAUUAGCUGAAAAUGACACACCUUAUUACGAUGUAUCCAGAAAUGUCAGACAUGCUGAUGGAGUUUUUACCAGUGACUAUAGUAGACUCUUGGGUCAACUUUCUGCCAAAAAAUACCUUGAGUCCCUUAUUGGAAAACGAGUUAGCAAUAGCAUCUCAGAAGACCAGGGACCAAUUAAACGCCACUCAGAUGCUGUCUUCACUGACAACUACACACGCCUUCGAAAACAAAUGGCUGUGAAGAAAUACUUGAACUCAAUUCUAAAUGGAAAGCGAAGCAGUGAAGGAGAGUCUCCUGACUUUCUUGAAGAGUUAGAAAAAUGAUUAGAAAGCUCUUUGGAGCAAAGCUGCUGACAACUUCCCAGUGAAUUCUUGAAGAAAAACAAUAAGUGAAGUACUUUUAUUUUGAGUUCUACAUAAGUAAUUCAAGAAAACUACUUCAAUAUCAAAACCAAAUAAAAUACAUUGUGUUGUGAAUGUUGUGAUUUAUUUUACUCUGAUGUAAUAACUGUGAUGUUUACAUUGUAAAUAUUAUUUGUGAGUUCUGAAAUUUGUCUUUAACUCAUGAGAAUUCUGUGAUUUCAUGUGCUGUGUAUCCUAAUAAAAAUAUAUUUAAUGAUAAGUAAAUACUAGGUUAAUUCCAAUUAUAUGAGGCUUUUUGGAAGGAUAGUAAUCGAGCAAAAUUGAUGUGUUUAUUUAUAGGACAUACUUAACUAUGCAGAAGAGUGGAGGAGAUAAUCAGCACAUCUAAAUUUGAAUGUUGAGCAGAUAGAAUGCUGUGUUAAAUAAGUUUCCGAGUGUCUAAGAGAAUACCAAAAGCAAAGACUAAAAAAAUUCUUUUAAAAAAAGAUUUUCAGAAAAUGUUGUGUGUUUCCGUAUUCUUAGGCAGCAUUUAUUUUGAAAGAGAUUUUUAAAUCUUUCAAAUUUGAAGCUCUAAUUGCCAAAUACUCUUCUGAUCGAAUGUUUCAGUUAAGGAGAAUGGCCUCUAUUUCUGACACUGAACUUUUCCUUUAUGCUUGUGUUAAGUAUGUGUAACGUGUAAACUGAACAGAACACUUGUUUUUCAGUGAUAAAUAUUUUUUUCAUUGUCUCUCAGAUAAUGCUUAGGUCAUAUCAGCUUUCUUCAGUGAAAGUACAUUUGGAGAAACAACUAUUUUUCCAAAAUGAUUGUAAGAAAUUAAAUAUAGAAAAUAAAGACCUUU